CACGAGCACCCGCAGCAUCAGCAACACAAAGAGGGUCGAAGAGCUCUGGAUUGGAGAUAAGGAGCCGCGGGCAACUUCGAGGCCGAUUUGCUGGGAAACAAGAUCACUUAUAAGCCGCGGAGAGAGGAGACUGCAACGCCACUGGUCUGGCUAAAAUUGACAGACAUUGUGCAGAAGGGCAGAUCGAUGUUCCCUAAGGUUUUACUGCAGUGGUGUGCAGCCCUGUCAAGUUGCGCCGCUGAAAUAGAGAGGCGACGACAGGGCAAAUUUCAGCCGUUCAGACGCCUGUUCGGGAAGAGGAAGAAGAGGCAGGCUGCAGCGAGGAAGGCAAGCUUCUCCUCGGAGGAAGUGUGCAACAGAGUCCUCUCAGAUGAUGAAGAGACCAAUCAACAUCUAAGUAGGGAGCUGCUCCCCAUUGGAUCCCGUUCCUUCUCCCACGACAGCGUGUUCAUCCCAGAGGAACCAGUACAUGAGCCCAGCCCAGAACGGACCAUGUCGCAGGAAAACGUCUCCGAUAAAGUCCGAAACCUGCAGAGGCAGAUAGCGCAGAAUAUUAAGUUCGGCCAGAGGCCCCCAUCUCUGAGGAAGAGUGAGGGAGAGGAAGGCAGCUCAGAUGAAGAGGAGGUUGCCAGGAGCCCUCUAAAGGUCCUGGCCCAGGUGGAGGCAGAGCCAGUGGACACAGAACCACAGGAAGCUAGCCAGGACCAAGGCGCCAGUCUUGGAGCUCCCCAGACUCCUAGCACACCCCUUAGGUCUCCUAGGUCCAAACGAGUUAUUCCAGCCACUGGUACCAUCGAGUCCAUCGAUCUGGAUGGAGUCCCACAGCCUAUUGCUAGACUGGAUAACACCGCUGCCAAGCACAAGCUGUCUGUCAAACCCAAAAACCAGAGGAUCUCCCGCAAGCACCGCAGGUUCACUCAGGAUCUGCAAGAGGUAGAUAUCCCCGGCAUACUGCAGGAACAGACAGAAGCAGCAGAAGAGACAGCCCCAGAGAAAACCAAGAAGCAGAAACUGCAGGAGGAGCAAAGACUGGAGUCCCAAAGGAAGGAAGAGCUGGCAGAACAUUCACGCAGAGAGGAGGAGGACCGAAGGAGGAAAGCAGAGGAGUGGAGGCUGCGUGAGCUAGAGGAGGAGAGAUGUCGCAAACUGGAGGAGGAACGCAUACUCAAAGAGGAGGAGGACAGGGGGUGGAGAGAGGCAGUGGAGAAGAGGAGAAAAGAAGAGGAGGAAAAAAGGAUCAAGGAUGAGGAAGAGAGUAGAAUAAGAGAGGAAGAGGAGAGAAGGCUGAGGGAGGAAGAAGAGAGAAGGCUGAGGGAGGAAGAGGAGAAAAGGCUGAGGGAGGAAGAGGUGAAAAGGCUGAGGGAGGAAGAGGAGAAAAGGCUGAGGGAGGAAGAGGAGAGAAGGAUGAGGGAGGAAUUGGAGUAUAUGCAGCGAGAGGAGGAGUAUAGGAUGCUGGAGGAAGAGCGAAGGAACAAAGAGGAAGAGGAGAGGAAACAGCAGGAGCUAGAGACAGAGCGUAUCCAUGCAGAGGAGAAGAGGCUGAAAGAGGCAGAGGAAGAGGAGGAAAUGAAGAAAAGGCAGCUGGAAGAAAAUAGAAAACUGUUUGAAGAGGAAGAGGAAAAAAGGUUGAGUGCAGAAGUGGCUGCAAGCAGUUCAGACUCUGAUAAGAAGAGGAGGGCUGAGGAGGUGCGCUGGAGAGAGAUGGAGGAGAGACAGAGACCAUUCACCUUUAAAGUGUCCUCUGGGGAGAAGCAGAUCCUGUUCCAGAAGGUCAACCUGACACCUGUUACACCGGCCUCCAGCCAGCAGGUCGGCGCUGUGGCUGAACACAGACAAGGAGCCAAGACUACGUCCCCUGGAGGGGCUGACUCCCCCACUCUCCCGUCCUCUCAGUACGUCCCACACACAGCCAUCCUGGUGACAGGGGCCCAGCUCUGUGGAACUGCUGUCAACCUCGACCAUAUCAAAGAAACUGCAUGCAAGUCACUCCUGGGUCUUGCAGAUGAAAAGAAAGCUGCCCUGGGCACCCCACCACCUACAAUGACCAAGAGUUCACCAGACCGCAAGUCUGGGAAAACCAAAUCCCUCAGCGAGUCUACAGACCAGUCCAGUGCUGCCGUCCUUGCAGAGUGGGCUAGUAUCCGCUCAAAGAUAUUCAAGGGGGCAGAGGAGGGGAAGUAUGAGGACUACCCAGACCCACAGAGUCAGACCCGACCCAGUAGUGAGGACCAGAGUCCGUUCCCCCAUACAAACCUCAGAAAGACCAUGUCUGCCAGCGCCAAGUUUUCCAUCACCCCAGCCAGGAAGAAGUUUGCAGACUCCAACAGGAACUCUGAGGUGUUCAGUCCAGAAGAGAAGGAAGGAGGAAGGCCAGCGUCUGUUGUUUCUGACACCUCUGUUCCCCCUGCAGCCUCACCGGGCCCGGGCAGCAAGGCCCAGAGUCGUGGCAUUAAGACUGUCAGGAUUGCAGAUGGAACAGGGGAGUGCAUGUUUGCCAAGGACCUUCCCUCCUUUAUUGUCCCCAGUUCUUGCCAGGGAUCUCCCCGGCCACAGAGCUCUGAGACAGAUGCAGGUAGCCCGGGGGGAGAAUCGGAGGACUCUGAUGGCCGGGAGGAGGGGGAGAAGGGCCAGCCCUCUCCGUUUGGCAUCAAACUGAGGAGGACCAACUACUCCCUUCGCUUCCACAGUGAUCAAUCGGCAGAUAAGAGGAAGAAGAGGUACAGUGCCGGCGACAGUUUCGACGGGGUCCCCUCACCUCUGACCCCCAUCGACCCUGACUCCGACGCCUCAGUGUUCUCAGAUAAGUCCAGCCCAGCAUCUCCACUCAGAGAGGGGAUUCCUGGGAUCAAGCCUGGACAUGUGGUUGCAUCUCUUCCAGAGCCCCGGUCCAAAGCAGGCAGGUCUCCAACAACUUCCAUGCACAGCGAGGGGGAGAAGCUCCCAUCCAAAGCCUCACUCUACCAGAGACCCAGCACGUCCCCUAAGCCGGUCACCCCUCCCCCGUCCCCAGUCCCCAAAGUGGGCAGAGGGGGACCCAUCGAUGCGGUGGUCCAGAGGACGGGGGUGGGGGAAGACCCUGCUGGCUAUGAGGAGUCAGGUGAGAGGAGGCAUGACACCUCCGCUGUCGCCCAGCUCCACAGGAACAGCCAGGGAGAAGAGGAGCCCAAGGAAAGGAGGUCCUUCUUCCCCUCCAUUAGCAUCCCCUGGAGGGAGAAGGCUGACAGGAAGACAGAACUCAUCAGGAGAGAUGGGAAGCCGUCGCUCCAGAGCAGGCACUCGUUGGACAGUGCUCGGGUACAGGACAAGGAGACGGGGCCUCUGUGGAUCACGCUGGCGCUACAGAAACAGAAGGGCUUCCGGGAGCAGCAGCAGAGCAGAGAUGAGCGCCGUAGCCACAGAGAAGCCAAACUGACAGAGAAACUGGCCAAAGAUAAAGAUGGUGGUGUGUUAGUGUGUCCUUUGGAUGGUAAGGGGAGUGGGAACAUCAGCCCUCCCAAACCACAAACACCAGAGGAGUCCAAGAGACCAGAUACCCUCCUGUGCCGCCUGGAGCGCCGAGACCAGCUGAAGAAAGCAAAUACACUGCCCAGCUCUGUCACAGUUGAGAUUGCAGACUCCACUCCAUCGCCCCCUACAGUAAAGGAGGUGACGAAGCGCUUCCCGUCCUCUGACUCUCCACAGGUGUCUACUGAGCCGGCCUGGCUAGCUUUAGCUAAGCGCAAGGCCAAGGCUUGGAGUGACUGCCCUCAGAUCAUCAAGUAACCUCCUCUCUAACCGCAAAUGAACUAUGACCCAAACCAUCCCUUGACCUCUCCGAUUUGCCACUGCACUCUAAUUCAGUCCCUCAGACCAAGUCAUUUUCCUGUGCUACCACACAUCUGUAUGAUGUCAAGUGUUUCACAUUCAAUACAAUAUAAAUACAAUCACACAUUUACAAACAUGAAAACUCUGUACAAGCAUGCAAUUAUACCAACACCUGAACCCAACAUGUUUUGUAGGAUUAACUGGCUGUAAUGCUAUCAACUAUAAAAUAAAUAUCUUCCAAAAAACGACGACAGCCAAUCAUGGCCACUGCUGGCCAUUGCAAUAGCCAAUCCUAACUAGUACUUCCCUUCAGUAGCCAAUCGAAGCACCACAGCUGUAAAUAUAUGCACUAAAUAUAAUACAAAAUCAAAAGCUUAUGUAUUAAUCCAAGUUCCACAGCUUUGAAUAAGGAUACAGAUGAUUUGUUUAAAGGUACAGUGUUUAAGGGCUACCGGUUGCCAGUAACCCAACACGACAGAUUAUCACCCUGUUUUGUUUCUGUUACCUUAUCCUGUGGAGAUUAUAUCAAGCACUGGUUUUAACAAUGUGAAUCAAUAUAUUUGUCUGCAAUGUACACAAGGAGCGUCUUUUUUUACUUGUAUUCAAAGGCAGUACUUAAUAUAACUAUUCUCACUGUGUCCGUGACGACUGUGACAGCUGUCAAUGAUGCUAUAAUGUAAAAAAAAAUCAAAAAAAAAAUCUAAUGCCACAACAAACUUGUUUGAACCUAACCGGUUUGUGAAAAAACACUAAAUCUGUCCGAAUCAGAUGUGGAAUGCACUGAAACAGCAUUAAAGGCCAGUGUCAGACGGUUGUGGAUAUCAUAGUAUUUUUACCACUCUAAUAAUCACUUGGGUUUUGCUUGGCUAUGGACAGAGACCCCUUGCCUGCUAUGACAUUACAGUACCAUCACUCUCCUGUCAUACCCUUUGUGCUCGAGUCACCGCUUAUGUGACGAUCCAUAAUAAGGCCUUUAAAUGGUCCUCCAGCAUUUGGAAAGUCACAUUCUGUGAAGCCCAUCGUGGGAUAAGCUAAAGCUACAUCACCGUCUCUUCAUUUUCCUCAGUAGGAUUUAAACCAAUCAGCAUUGAUGACACCAUAUAGAUAUUUUCCUCUCACUGUUCAAUGGAAUGGUCUAUUCAAUGGAAUGGUCUAUCCAAUGGAUGGUCUAUUCAAUGGAAUGGUUUAUCCAAUGGAAUGGUCUAUUCAAUAGAAUGGUCUAUCCAAUGGAAUGGUUUAUCCAAUGGAAUGGUUUAUCCAAUGGAAUGGUCUAUUCAAUGGAAUGGUCUAUUCAAUGGAUGGAUGUGAGUAUGUAUUUAAGGUGUUGGUCAGAAAGACACUCGGUCAUUUAAGAUUUUAGUCCACUAACCCUCAGUCAGUCACUUUGUCAUAUCUGGUUUUUUUAACUGUGGUCGUGUGCAGCAGUGUAGUGUACAGUGUUGUAUGUAACCAAACUGUUUGGUAAUACUUGCACUUUUUGUCCCACUUAAAAAGGUAUUCCUGAGAACAUCUUAAAGUGAUGCAGAUGUUAUGAACUAUGUCAAUUAAAUACUGACGUCUGAACUGA